UUUUCAGCAUUCUCUCUCUUCAAACCAAUGGCCAAAUAUCUACUACUCUCUCUCCUCCUCAUCCUCUCAACGGCGGCGGCGACGCCUUUACUCGUUGACCUAGAUGAUUCUACCGAUUCAUUAAUCCGUCAAGUAGUUUCAGGCGGCAGCGAUGAUGAUCUUCUCAACGCUCAUAAUCACUUCACACUCUUCAAAACCAAGUACGAAAAGAGUUACGCGACUCAGGAAGAACACGAUUACAGAUUCUCAGUUUUCAAGAAGAAUCUACGCCGCGCCAAACGUCAUCAGAGGAUUGAUCCUUCAGCUAUCCACGGCGUCACGAAAUUCUCCGAUCUAAGUCCGGAAGAGUUUCGUCGUAACUACCUUGGCAUGAAUCGAGGUCUUAGGCUUCCGGCUGAUGCUCAUGAGGCUCCGAUUCUUCCAACUAAUGAUCUUCCGACUGAUUUUGACUGGAGAGAGAAAGGUGCUGUUACUGGCGUUAAAAAUCAGGGCUCUUGUGGAUCCUGUUGGGCUUUUAGUACUACUGGUGCACUUGAAGGAGCUCAUUUUCUCGCGACUGGAGAACUUGUUAGCCUCAGUGAACAACAGCUCGUCGAUUGCGACCAUGAGUGCGAUCCACAAGAAUAUGGAUCAUGCGAUUCAGGUUGUAAUGGGGGACUGAUGAACAAUGCCUUUGAGUAUGCACUUAAGUCUGGUGGACUCCAAAAAGAAGCAGAUUAUCCAUACACGGGACGCGAUGGUGUUUGCAGUUUUGAUAACACCAAAAUAGCCGCAUCAGUUUCAAAUUUCAGUGUUGUUUCUGUCGAUGAAGAUCAAGUUGCUGCAAAUUUGGUCAAUUAUGGCCCUCUGGCAGUGGGAAUCAAUGCGGCUUAUAUGCAAACUUACAUUGGGGGAGUAUCGUGCCCAUAUAUCUGCGGAAAGCAUCUAGACCAUGGAGUCCUUUUGGUUGGGUAUGCAUCGGCUGGCUAUGCGCCAAUUCGAUUGAAACAGAAACCGUACUGGAUAGUAAAGAAUUCGUGGGGAGAAAACUGGGGGCAAAAUGGGUAUUAUUACAUCUGUAGAGGCAAGAACAGCAAGAACGUCUGUGGAGUCGAUUCAAUGGUCUCAACCGUAUCUGCAAUCCAUAUCAAUUCAAAGUAGUUGAUCAUCAUCAUGCCAAUGCUUAAUAAUAUUAUUAUUAUUAUUAUUAUGUGCAUGUUUGAUUGUUUGUAAAUAUAGUGUUUAGAAAAAAAAUAAAUAAGGACUUUACUACUUUGCAUAUUGGUAUUUAAAACUUAAAAGAAUGUUCAUCUUAAGGGUGAGUGACAUUUGAUUAUGUUGUAAGAUUGUUCCACUUAAUCAGAUAUUUGAAACAUCAUUUUUAAUAUAUUUGAAUGGAUGUCACUUUAUUU